UGUUAUUUGGCAGCAUUGGGAAGACCUAAGUCUAGAAUAAAAAUGCUAGUUUGAAACAUUUGAUUGGGUUGUGAGAUCGUGUUUCCAAGAUUUCAUGUGCUCCAUAAGACCUAUCCAUUACCAAUCAUUAACUCAACUCAUGAUGUUACACAGUCAAGCAGAGUACCAUAGGUUCAUUGAAUCGCAGCCCGCUACUGUAAUUGCGGACUACCUGCGACAUGAUCAGCAACGAUGUCGCAACAAGGAGCUACCCAGCAUGUUGGCUAUGUAUCUGCCAUCGUCGUCAUCAUCACCGCUGGCUAUGGCGAUUGCAAAUAACCUGUCCAACAUCGAUGUGCCGCUGAGCUUGAAAGAAUUGCAAUACGAUAGUAUUGUCAAGUCCAUCAGGGCUUAUUUACAUCAACUUGACCACGUGCAGAGUGGCGAGAGCAAUUGCGAAAAGAAGAAUCUCAACACGCCAACCCCAAAUGAGUUUUCCACCGCGAUUAAGGUAUUAGACUAUCUCCGGAAGGAGGAGAAGCAUACAACACCUAAAAUUAGUGACUCAACUCCACUUGCGGAUGUAAUGCGCGCUAUUGAUACACAUCUCGGUAUCGACCCCAUGUUUUGCGCGUCAUUCGAUUCGAUAUCCCUACAGAAUACGUCUCGCAAGUGCUAUAUAUGCAGACAUGAAUUCCGUCGUUCAGAGUCACAUCACUUGUACCACGCUUUGUGUCGGCCAUGUGGUCACUUUAACCUCACUCAGUCUGAAUUAGCCUUUCCUGAGAAGUUGAAUCUAGAAGGGAAAACCGCCCUUGUGACAGGCGGCCGUGUCAAUUUAGGGUUCUACACUGCAUUGCGUUUACUUCGAUGUGGCGCCAAAGUCAUCGUGUCGACGAGAUAUCCUCAUGAUGCCGAGUCGAGAUAUUCGCAACAACACGACGCGAACAAAUGGACAUCGAGGCUGCGGAUCGUGGGUGCCGACUUUCGAACCGCUAGGGAUGCUUUUCAGCUUGUUGCUGCUCUAAAAUCUCUUCUGCGCGAGUGGUCUAAGACCGCGCUACAUAUUUUAAUCAACAAUGCUGCUCAGACGCUCACAGACCCUGUCAAGUCUGAAUUGGCUGCUGUUAGACGGGAGACACAGUUACAAAACAGCUUCGAAAGUCGCCCGUCUACUCUCCUCUCUGAAACCCAAUACAAAUACGAACCUAGAGUCCGAGGUGGUAUGCAAGAGAUUUGGAAAUCUAGUAUCGAGGGCAACUCCAAGCAUCAAAUCAGUCAAUCCCCGUUCAAGCCAGAAGAUCAAGAUGGAAACGAGGCGAGGCUUUCAAAGGGACUGGGCGGGCAUGAUUCUGAAACUGAAAGGUCAUCGUGGGUGCAGGAAAUGUCAGAUAUUCCUUACGAGGAUAUUAUCAGUGCUUUUUCAGUCAAUUCAUUUGUGCCGCUCAUCCUGUGCCGGGAACUGCUACCUGUCAUGGGUUCACGAUCAGGAGCUAGGAAAAACAAAUCGAAUAUUUCUCGCCCAGAGGGAUAUAUUAUCAACGUCUCUUCGCGCGAAGGAAUUCUCGAAAACAGGUCACCUAAGACAGGCCACCAUGUUCACACCAACAUGUCCAAAGCUGCUAUUAACAUGAUCACCGAAACCGAGGCUGAGAAUGCGUGGGCACGACAGGUGGCAAUGAACACUGUCGACCCGGGGUACAUGAGCGCAGCGCCAGAAUUUGAGAGGGAUGAAGGCUGUCCCAUCGGCUUUGAGGAUGGGACAUCUCGAGUCUUAUGGCCGAUUGCUGUUGGUGAGAUGAGAGAAUCGGUUAUAAUUCGUGGUCGUUUCUUGAAACAUUUUGGCGCAGUUGGAGCGAGCAUCCAGCGAGGGUGAUUAGCAUGGAUUCCUCUUGCUACAGGAUAUCAUUCCACAGCGCUCACUACUACGUCUAGAUUGGUACUCAAAAACCAACUAGUUUGAGAACGAUGGUCUGAUAGAAUAUUGAAAUCUACACAACAAUUUCAAUUGAUUACCCUCUUCCAACAGCUGAAUGACAGGGGUGCUAUCAAUUGUGUGUGAACGAUAA